CGAGACGACGUGGCAUCGGGGGAAUGAACCAAAUACCCCUGAAAGUGAAACCACGAAAUCAAAAAGAGGCGGGUUUAUCCCGAGCAACUACGCUAAUGGGGAGUUCCAAGGAGGAUUCGGCCAACGGUGCCGACAAUUCCGCAGCCAAUCGCCGUCGCGCUGAUUCUAAUUCCAAGCUCUUCUCCGAUGGCGAGAAAGUUCUCGCCUAUCAUGGCCCUCGUAUCUACGAAGCCAAGGUUCAAAAAUCUGAGAUUCGGAAGAAUGAGUGGAAAUAUUUCGUUCAUUACCUUGGUUGGAGUAAAACUUGGGAUGAAUGGGUAGGUGUUGAUCGCCUGAUGAAAAACACUGAAGAAAACAUCCUUAAACAACAAGCCCUUGACAAAAAACAGGGCGUUGACCGAAAUUCAAAGUCAGGAAAGUCAACCCAAACUAAGCCAAAAGUAUCAAGUGGUAUGUUCCCAUUUCCCUCAACUUAUCACACAUCAUUUCUUGUAUGUGUACUUAUUGUUUCCUAUUAUUUGAACGUUAUUAUUAUAGGGGCAAAAGGGAAGAAACGAAAGAAUGAUUCAAGCACUGAGAAGGAGAAUGCAAGUGUUGAAAACCUUAUAAACAUUCAAAUUCCAUCAGCUUUAAAGAAGCAACUUGUGGAUGAUUGGGAAUUUGUGAAUGAGCAGGAUAAGCUUGUUGAACUUCCGCGUUCUCCAAAUAUUGAUGAUAUAUUUGAAAAAUACCUUGAAUACAGAUCAAAGAAAGAUGGCAUGAUGACAGAUUCAGUUGGAGUUGGAGAGAUUUUGAAGGGAUUAAGGUGUUACUUUGACAGGGCUUUGCCUAUUAUUCUUUUAUAUAAUAAAGAACGCCACCAGUAUCAUGAAGCAGUUGCAGAUGAUGUUUCUCCUUCAACCAUAUAUGGUGCUGAACAUCUACUCCGCCUCUUUGUUAAAUUGCCCGAUCUAUUGCCAUACGUGAAUAUAGAAGAGGAUCUUGUUACGCGCUUGCACCAAAAAUUUGUCGACUUUCUCAAGUUUUUACAAAAGAACCGAAACUCUUUCUUCGUUUCUUCAUAUGAUGGCUCAAAAGUUUCUGAUUAAUUAAUUGUACAUCUAUCAAACCCCAACCCUGGUUAUGAUUAUUUAACUUAACCAUGUGUUGUAGAAUUAGUAUUUAAUUAUUAUUGGCUCUUUUCUUUUGUGUACUGAAUUUUUUAA